AUGGCGGAGGGCCCACAGCUGAAGAGGAAGCGGGAGGAGGAGGAGGGGGAGGAGGAGGCGGCCGGCGCCAGGCCGCACGACGGGGCCGGGGCCGCCGCCGCCCCCUUCCCGCUGGCGGAGCUGCGCCUGCGGAAGGUGCUGCGGGAGUCGGCGCGGGAGAAGGCCGUGUUCCUGCACGGGGAGGUGACCAAUGCCUCUGGAGAGGCCACAGAUGCUGUAAUCAUCCUGGAGAAGACUCCCUUCCAGGAGGAGAAGCUCUUGGAGCUGCUGAAGAAGCACACCAAGCUGGAGCUGCAGAUGCACAACGACAUUUACAGCACCUACCACCUCUAUCCUCCCCCAGAGCUCAGUGAGCUGAAGGCCACGGUGGUGUUCCCUGCCAGCCAGCAGCACCUGCAGAAGUACCUGCGGCAGGAGGUGUUCCUGGUCCGAGAGACCUGGCAGGACUACCAGGACAUCACCCUGCCCUUCCUGCAGGAGCAGAGCCUCAGCCUGCAGUGGGUGUACAACAUCCUGGAGAAGAAAGCUGAGGCUGAGAGAAUCAUCCACGAGAACCCAGACCCCUGCAACGGCUUCGUGCUGCUCCCAGACUUCAAGUGGAACCUGAGCCAGCUGGAGGAUCUCUACCUGAUCGCCCUGGUGCGGCGCCGAGACCUGCGCUCGCUGCGGGACCUCACUGCUGAGCACCUGCCCCUGCUGAGGACCAUCCUGACUGAAGGGCAGGAGGCCAUCCGCCGGCGCUUCGGCGUGCCGGCCUGCCGGCUCCGCGUCUUCCUGCACUACCAGCCCUCCUACCAGCACCUGCACGUCCACUUCACGGCGCUGGGGCUGGAGGCGGCGGGCAGCGGCGUGGAGAGGGCUCACCUGCUGCCCGACGUCAUCGACAACCUGCAGCUGCGGCCCCGCUACUACCAGCAGCGCGCGCUCAGCUUCCCGCUGCGCGCCGGCGAGCCGCUGCUGCAGCGCUUCCGCCAGGCCGGCCGCCUCCCGCCGCAAUAA